CUCGAUUUUGCAUGUGUCCUCACGCCCCGCGGUUCCAUACCGGCGGGCGAAUUCUAUUUUAUCUCGAUGGAUCUGGGCUAUCGGUCUCUGAUGCCCCCGAAUGGGCUGCCUCCCCAUGCCAGCCUUUUAACCUCGGGUCCCAGCGACUUUCGGACCACCCCCAGAAUGCCCCGGCCGGUCUCUGGUUUUGAUCUAUCUGCCAGGAACUCCGAACCCUGCGCCAUGGAGAAGAUCCCCCCGGUCACCGGGAAGCGCCGCGGUGGCAGUAGAAAGGCCUGUAACGAGUGUAAACAGCAGAAGCUUCGGUGUGACAUCGUGCAGACGCCCGCCGCGGCCUGCUCACGCUGCCGCCGGCUUCAGAUCGAAUGCAAGGUCGAGCCGAGCUUCAAACGCAUCUCUAAGCGAAGGCGAAAUGCUGAGAUGGAACGGGAGAUUGCAGAUCUCCGCCGACGUCUCUCCACCAACAAUGACCACCCGGCGGAGGCCAAUGUCAAUGACGACUUGUCCCAGUGUUCCGAGGAUGUAUUCUGUGGUCCCGAUCCGGCGGUACCCUGCAAGACACGGCCGCUGUCGGUUCCCUUGGAGCCGCAGCAUAUGGCGACCCCGAUGACGAUGCACAGAGAUGCGUCUAUUCUCUCCCAAGAAGACAGCCAGUGGAGACUGGAAGAUGUCUCGCUGUCUAGACCGAGGGUAGCCCGGCUAUUCGACCAAUACUUCAAGUAUUAUCACCCCUUUCUCCCUCUGCUGAACCCCCAGAAACCACCAGAGGAGUAUCUUCGUCGAUGUCCCCUUCAGGCAUGGACCAUCAUCUGCGUUGCUAGUCGUCGAGCCCCGUCGGAGCCCGGCCUUCUCAGCGCGCUCACCGGACCUUUCAGCCGGCUGCUCUGGUCCACGAUCACGGGGGUGCCGCAAGACUACCGGAUAGUCAAGGCUCUGUGUCUUCUCUGCACGUGGCCGCUGCCCACGACGAGCCAACGAACAGACGCCACUUUUAUGCUCAGCGGGCUGAUGAUGCAAAUAUCCAUGCAACUUGGGUUGCACCGUCCCGUUCAGGCGGAGGAAUUCACCACGUUCCGCAUGGAAGUCCAGGGCGAAGCGGUCAAAGAUCGUCUGCAGACCUGGGUGAUUUGUAACAUUGUUGCUCAGAACGUGGCCACCGGGUAUGGACAACCUCCCGGCACGAUCUACGACUGGGCAUUGGAACCGCCGUCCCUCCGCGAUGCGGACUUUCAACUUCCCGACGAUCUACGGAUCCGAUUACGCAUUGAAAAAUUCUGCGAUCGGGUUACCAAGGCCUUGUAUAGCAGCAAGCCUGAGCCGGCCGAGUUUAUCAGCUCGGAAAAGCUGUUGAUCGUGCAGCUACUGGAGAACGAACUACGAGAUAUGGAAGUCGAAUUCAGCCGAGAUAUCUCCAACAUUAAUAUGAUCCAUCUACGAGCCGCCGAACUCCACCUGAGAUACUUUGUGUUUCUUGGGUCUAAUGCACGAAGCGACGAUUUGACUAAACUUUUUAUUGCCACAACCUCUUUCCUCGGACGAGUGCUGGAUCUGGAGACCUCGCCGGGGGAGCUCAUCGGUCACGCGACCAACUACAUUCUUCAGAUGAUCGUUUCCGCCGCAUUCGCCCUCAUGAAGCUUCUGAAGAGCAGCUUUAGUCGGCACAUCGACUUCGACCACGGCAAGCUGCUGUUCAACGGGGCCAUCUCGGCCAUCCGGCGCAUCAGUGUCAUGGACCACGACCGUCCGGUGCGACUGGCGGAUAUCUUGGCCCAGAUGUGGAAUGCCGGCGGGGCGGAGGAGUCCACGGGAGAGGACGCCUUGCAGUUGAAGGUCCGCUGUCGCAUGAGUAUGAGCCAUGUGUACGACACGGUAUGGCGUUGGCGGCAGCGGUUCCGACCGAUGAAGAGCAUUGAAGACGCUCAAGGGACCAUGACCAAUGCCAACCUGUCGACCGCCGGGCCGGUACAAGACCAUACGCUUCAGGACCCGGGGCUGAUGUAUGCGACCAAUUUCGACCAAGGAGCAUUUAUCAGCGAAGCGGGAUUCUCGGAGGUGUUUGACUCGCUGAACUGGGUGUUCGACGGCAUUCCUGACUCGUUCGUUGCCCCUCCGGUGAUGUAACGGACGAGGGUGUAUAGAAGUUGGAGCGGCGAUGGUGUAAAAUUCUUGUCCAUAUCUUGCUUUGUACUGUAUAUACGUAUAGACCACCUGAAUGAGAUACCAAUUACGAGCGAG